GGAACACUUGGUACCUUAUUUUAUAUUUUUCUCCCCCUUUUUAUUUUAUUUUAUUCUAUAAUUUCGACGUUACUUCAAUGAUCUGUUCUUCUUGAUGUCUUAUUUGUUUCCCUCUUUUGUUUUCAUUUUGUAAUUUUGAUUACAUAUUUGUUUUUAUUUAUUUAUCGUUCGUAUAUUCACUGUGUCUUUCCGAUGUAACGUCCUUAACCGUAGUCCUACUGGCGGUUGUGUUGGAUGGACGUGUUUUUGAACAGUUUUUCCGACCGAUAUCCAGAGACGGAUCACAUCUUUUCGCAAUUUAAUUUUAACAAAUCUAUGUGGAAAAGUUGUCCAGAUUUCAUCUGAUUUUCGCAAAGCGGACUAUUGUUGAUUACUUCACUUUCAGUUCGUAAUACAUGUUUUACGAGAUAACGGUGAAUGUCUGAUAGCGCCUUCGACACGUUGGAACUGUCCGUGGGUGUUAAAUUCCACUCGUUACACGACCACCGUACACGAUUCACAGCAACGCUUUUCCCCUGCAGACGCUAGAUCGGCCCGUACAAUAACAAUGUCAGCCAAGAAUGAAAAGAUCGGGAUUAUUGGAAGUCUUAUCGUCUAUUUCAGCGGCUUAAUCGGACGCAGCUGGGCGAUGCUCUUCACCAGCGUGGGGUACCAGGUGGUCAUUUACGAUAUUGUCCAGGAUCAAGUUAAGAGCGCACUGGAGGACAUCCGUCAGCAGUUGAAACGUCUCGAGAGUGAAGGUCUUCUCCGUGGUACACUUACGGCGGAUCAGCAAUUUAAUUUAAUAAAGGGAUCAUCCGAUGUAGCGGAAGCUGUAAAGGGAGCGAAGCUGGUCCAAGAAUGCGUGCCGGAAAAUCUCCAGUUGAAGCUGAAACUCUACAGCGACCUCGACAAGAUCGUCGACGACAAGGUGAUCUUGUCAUCUUCGACGUCCACGUUCCGUCCAUCUCUUUUCAGCGAAAAGCUGAAACACCGUGAACAAAUUAUCGUCUCUCACCCCGUACGUAUUUCCAAACUACUUAUAACACGGCAAAUGAUUUACACCUUUGCUACAAAUCCAGUUAGCAAAUUAAUAUUUUUAUAUAUGAAAAUUCACACUUACCUUACAUAUCCGAGACAUUCAAAAUUACUGUAAGAUUUGUAAGCUUUA